AUGUCACAACAUAGAGUGGUCGUCCUGGGAGCCGGAGUCUCUGGCUUGACCGCCGCCUUUAUACUCUCCAAGAACAAGAACUACAGCAUUACCGUUGCGGCGAAGCAUAUGCCAGGAGACUACGACAUUGAGUAUGCAUCACCCUGGGCUGGUGCAAACUAUUUACCCGUCGGCAAGGAAGGUACCCCAUCGCAAGAAUACGAAAGGAAUACAUGGCCAGAGUUGGCAAAACUCGCUAAGGAGCACCCCGAAGCGGGCAUUCACUUUCAAGAUACUCUUGUCUACCGCAGGAAAAAGGACAAGGGUCCUGUCAGUGAGUGGUUUGCAGAACUCAUUCGCGAAGAUGCAUGGUUCAGCAAGGUUGUACCCAACUUCAAAGUCCUUAGCAAGGAAGAAUUGCCUAAGGGUAUGGAUGGCGGUACUUCGUUCACCUCUGUCUGCAUCAACACAGCGAUCUAUCUCCCUUGGCUGGUCUCACAGUGUCUCAAGAAUGGUGUCAUCUUCAAACGAGGUGUCGUGAAGCAUAUUGCAGAUGCCACGUUGCUCCACCAUUCUGGAAAGAAGGCCGACUUGGUGGUCAAUUGUACUGGACUCUUCUCUCUUUUCAUGGAAGGAGUUCAAGACAAGAACAUGUACCCGGCUCGUGGACAGAUUGUUCUCGUUCGCAACGAUCCAGGAUACAUGGCUACCACUUCAGGAACCGAUGAUGGCGAAGAUGAAGCAGUGUAUAUCAUGCAUCGUGCGGCUGGCGGUGGUUGUAUUCUGGGAGGCUGUUUGCAAGCAGACAGAUGGGACUCGGCAGUGGACCCUAACCUUGCCAUCCGCAUCAUGAAACGCGCAAUUGCUCUGACACCUGAGCUCGUGCCUGAGGGAAAAGGUAUCGAAGCCUUGGACGUCAUCAGGCACGGUGUGGGUUUGAGACCGAUGCGCAAGGGCGGCAUCAGGACCGAGAAGGAGACGAUCAAAGGUCCAGAUGGAAACGGUGUCAGAGUUGUGCACAGCAUCGGUCAUGGUGGAUAUGGAUACCAAACUUCAUGGGGUUGCGCUGCCGCUGUUGUCCGACUUGUCGACGAGUCUUUGACAGAGAAGGCACGCUUAUAG